AUCAAAAUGGGCGUUGUGUCUCCCUCUCCUUCAGUUGAAGCCAGUUUAUAACUUGUUCUCGAAGCCAACUACGAGGUAUAAAAGCAGGCUCGGCAGCGAUUCGAAUUAGAAGCUUCUGCUCCUCCGACCGAUUAGGAACACCACAAUGCUGCGUGCCUGCAUCGUCCUCGCCUUGGCCACCAGCGCCUUUGCUGGUAACGUUGGUCACGUUGCUGGUGGCUACACCCUCGCCAGCAACCUCGGCUACGGCCUUGGCUACGGCAGCCUCGGCUAUUCCGGUCUUGGAUACGGUGGCCUUGGUCUCUCUCAUUAUGGCCUGUCCCACGGAGUUGGCUACUCCGGCCUGACCGGCUACGGUGCUGGCUUCGGAUACGGAUACGCCCCCGCUGCCAGCUACGCCGUCGCUGCUCCAGCUGUUACCCGCACCGUCUCCACCUACCACGCUGCUCCAGCUGUGACCGCUGUCCACGCCGCUCCAGCCAUAACCGCUGUGCACGCCGCCCCAGCCGUCACCUACGCUGCUGCCCCAGCUGUCACCAGGGUGGUCCAGGCCGCUCCAGUUGUCCAGACCUACGCUGCUGCCCCAGCUGUCACCAGGGUGGUCCAGUCCGCUCCAGCUGUCACCUACGCCGCUGCUCCAGCUGUGACCAGGGUCGUCCAGGCCGCCCCAGCUGUCAGCAGGGUGGUCCAGGCCGCUCCAGUUGUCCAGACCUACGCUGCCGCCCCAGCUGUCACCAGGGUGGUUCAGUCCGCUCCAGUUGUCACCAAGGUUGUCCAGUCCACUCCAGUGGUCGCCAGCUACGCCGCUGCCCCAGCCGUGACUGCUGUCCACGCUGCCCCAGCCGUCGCCACCUACGGCGUUUCCCACGUUGCCCACGCUGCCCCAGCCGUCGCUACCUACGGAGUUGCCCACGUUGCCCACGCUGCCCCAGCCGUCGCCACCUACGGCGUUUCUCACGUUGCCCACGCUGCCCCAGCCGUUGCUACCUACGGCGUUGCUCACGCUGCCCCAGCCUACUACGGCUACGGUGUUGGCUCCCUCGGCUACGGUGCCGGCAGCUACGGUUACGGCCACGGUCUCCUUGGCUACGGCCUGAACUACGGCUACGGCCUUGGCUCUCCUCUCAGCUACUCCACCCUCCUCCGCAAGAAGAAGUAAAUGCUCUUUCUCUUGAGUCUUGGACCAGAAAGAAACCACACAGUCAUGGACAACCAGAUUUUCUGGUUUCAAUGAUGUAUAGUCAUUGUUAUGGAAUAAUAAACUGUUUGUUUGACAUCUUUA